CUAUCAUUUAAAAUUACAAUACACUACCUCCAACCUAAACCUCUAUGCUUCUUGGGUUCCGCUUAUCUCCAUUACCGCGGCCGCCACUCUCUCCGUCUCCGCCCCUCAUCCCUCCGUCUCCUCCUCCGUAGAACUCCCUGUAUCGGCGUUCGGUUGUGCACGUGCCACCGCGUCUGUUCUCCACUGUAACCGUUGCGUUACAAAACAACAUUGAGCUUUGUCCUUAGCAACACUAAUAAUGGCGAAAGUCUGGCUAGGAAUGCCAGGACCAUGGGCCAACGAUUAUCGCGAACCAUCUGAUCCUUUUACAACCAAAAUCGGAGGCUUCCCGGAUUGGCCCAUUCCCAUUGACGCCAUCAAUGCCGAUUUGCUUCGAUGUUCUACAUGUUCUAAUAGCCUCUCCCUUGUUGCACAAGUUUAUGCUCCUCUUUCUCAUCAUCAUCAACGCGUUCUUUUCGUCUUCGGUUGCGUUUCGCCCAAAUGUGCAACCUCAUGGCGAGUUCUUCGACUUCAGAAAAUGGCUGACAUUGACACAUCUCAACAUAAACAACAACAAGCCGAAGUUCAAACUCUCAAUUCGGAGUCCGAUGAAGACGAAAGUGAAGAGGAUAUGAGUUUUGAAGAACUGGCCAAUGCACUCAUUCAAGCCGGAAAUUUGGCUUCUUCUAAUUCUAAAUCUAAGAACAAGAGUCAACGGAAAAAGUGCCAACAGCACAGUUUCUCUACAACAGCUUCCUUUCAUAAUCAUAAUCAUAAUAAUAAUGAUAUUCCAGUGGUGCCUUGCUUUUAUAUAUACACACAGGAAGAGCCAUCUUCUACCCGGGAUAUUAGUUCGGUAUGCUCUAGCUAUUCAUCACUUUCUAUUAAGGGGAAUGGAAAUUCUGGUGAGGAUAAUUUGCAAGCUGAAGAAACCUGGGAAAAGGAACAGUAUGAAUAUGAUAAAGCUUUGACUGCUGAUAGAACUUACCUCAAGUUCAAGAAACGGUUGGAUGCAUAUCCUGAGCAGUGUUUCAGAUACUCGUAUGGUGGCAAACCAAUUUUAGCUGUAGCUGGUGAAAUAAACCCUGGAAAUUGUAGGCUUUGUGGAAGACCGAGGACAUUUGAGAUGCAACUAAUGUCCCCAUUACUAUACUUUUUACAGGAAGCACUUGAUGAUCAACAUAGGCAAAUGGUUGGAAACUGGGAUUGGAUGACCCUGCUCGUAUAUACUUGUUCGGAGAGUUGUUGUGAAGAGAUCAAACAAGUGAAGUCCAAUUGCGAUGGCUGGAUCAUAUCAGAGGAAGCUGUUGUAGCUCAAUGUGAGGAGUCUAUGCCCAUUCAGCCGGGCUAUUUCUCAUGAGCGCUGAUGUUGAUGUAAAGAAUUCAAUACGUUUCAUGUGAAGUUCGAGAGCGUAAUAUUUAAUUUCAAAAAAAUUGUAGAUCAAUCAAAGAAAGUGUCUUGUAUUAUUAUGAUUGUAUUCUACAAUAAAUUUUUUGUCAGGUAACUUUAUCUCUUUAUCCAGUGUCCCUUAGAGGAACCUUGGCCUUCUUUCCGACUAUCGAACUCUGAGUUUGAACUGUUUCCACUGCCUUCCCAGCUCUUUUUGCAAUCAUGCCACAACUGUUGUAGUUUAAAUGAUUGUUGAAUUCAGUGUCUAAUUCAUUUAUAUUAGUAAAUGCCAAGAUUUUUUUAGUCA